AUGAAUAAGUCAAUUUCAAAUACACCAUUUGAUCCAGGUCCACUCUCAUUGCCACCUUCCACCACGACAAUGAGUUUUCCUUUGUUUGCUCACAAUUAUUUUGCUCCUAGAACUGUUAUCUUCAACAUAUAUUAUCAAAUGAAUUAUUUGAAUAGUGCGAGCAAGGUGUUUGAUCAAAUGCCAAACAGGGACUUCAUUUUCCUCUAUCUUCCCAGAGAAACUAUUUUCACAUUAAACACAAGUCUGCAACAUGUUGGAAAGAUGAGUUUGAACAUAUUCUCAGUAAUGCUACUAGAAAACUUCAUGUUCCUUUUCGAUCCCGGUGGAAGUCAUUGUUGGCUAACAAACUUGCUUCUUAAGUUCGACGACGACGUUGUUAUGCAUUAUUUUUCGUUACGACGGUCUUGCAUUAUCUUUGGCAAAUGGUUUGGUUCUAUCCUGUUUGGUUCACAGAAAUCCAGAGUUGCGUCAUACAAAGUUUGUUGGCCUCCGAUUAAUGGUGACGAGUGCUUUGAUGUAGACAUACACGCAGCUUUUGAUAUGGCAAUCCAAAGUUUCGUCUACGACGGUGAAUCUGACAAGAACAUCGAGAUAUGGAAGAUCAAAGAGUUGAUCAAAGUUUUGGAAGCUGCAAGAGGUAAUGAAACUAGUAGGAUUUCUAUGAUAAUGCCUCCACACGAUCAAAUAUCUCGUGUCACUAAGAUGUUGGGAGAUGAAUAUGAAACUGCUUCAAAUAUCAAAAGUAGGGUAAACCGGCAAUCUGUGCUUGGAGGCAUUACUUCUACUCAACAGAGGUUGAAACUGUAUAACAAGGUUCCUCUAAAUGGAUUGGUUUUUUAUACCAGUACCAGUUUCACUGAUGAUGGAAGGGAAAAGAAAGUGACAAUUGAUUUUGAACCUUUUAAACCAAUUAGUGCAUCACUUUAUCCCUGUGAUAACAUGUUACACACAGAAACUCUAAACGAACUUUUGAGUUACAUGCAGGUUUUAUCAACAUGUUUCACGUCAUUUGCUCAUGGUGGAAAUGAUGUCUCACACGCAAUAGGUCCGUUAGCCGGUGCACUAUCUAUUCUGCAAGGCGCUGCAAAAGGAGUUGAGUUAGUUAUUUCGAUCGAUGUUAUUGCUUGGGGUGGAAUUGGAAUAGUUGCAGGGCUAAUGAUAUGGGGUUAUAGAGUUAUAGCUAAGAUUGUAAAGAAAAUAAUGGAACUUAUGCCGACGAGAGGAUUUGCCGCCGAAUUCGCUGUUGUGUCGUAGUUCUGUGUGCUUGAAAGCUAUGGCUACCAAUAUUAACAAGACAUGCAUUAGUUGUUCUGUGUGCUUCAAAGCUAGGAGAUUUGUGCUUUAGUGAAGUAGAUUUGCUUAAGCUUGUGUCUACUGUUUUAUGAGUAUGAAUUUUCAAGAUAUAAAGAACAGGUUAUAUGUAGGGUUACUUAAUUCAAUUCUCUAGCACUAUCUUUGACAUUAUUGUUACAACCUUGAGGACAAGGUUGAUUUUAAAGGGGUGAGUAAUGAUAGAGGAUGAAUGCUAGAUUAUAGUUUAUUUAGUCAUUUUAUUUAUAUGGCUAUUUAGUUGGACUCUUAUUAGUAUUGGGGCUUUGGGCUUUUAGGUUUAUGAUCCAUUAUUAAUGUUAUAUAUUGUACUCUCAUAGAG